AUGAAUUUACGUGUGAUUAUCCUAUUUUUGUGCCUGCUCGUUUUGGUCGAUUGUAGAAAGAUGCACAGAUUUCGACUGGAGAGGCGAUCCCACCGUCACCACAAAGUUCCCCAUGCCCAUAUGCAUAUAGAAUUUCGAAAUGCCCUGAGAAGAAAGUACGGAUACACUCCAUUGCGAACAGUGAAUGCGGUGAAUGUGACUAGUAAUUCUUCUAAAGGAGUAGUGCUAUCAGAACCUUUGAUAAAUUCCUAUGAUACCAACUUUUUCGGGAUCGUUUCGGCUGGAGAUCAACCAUUUACCAUGCAGUUUGACACGGGAUCUUCGGACCUCUGGGUGCCCAGUUCGCAUUGCAAAUUCUGCAUCAAACAGUGCGGCACCAAGUUCUUCAGGGAAUCCAAGUCGAAGGCCUUUCGAUCGAGUAGAGUUCCCUUUAGCAUCACCUAUGGCUCGGGAUCGGUGAAGGGCAUUGUGGCCUCCGAUGAGGUGGGCUUCGGCGAUAUAAAGAUCCGGAAUCAAGGCUUUGGUUUGGUCAACAUUUCCGAUUCCUGCUCCGUUUUCGAUGGCAUCGCUGGCUUCGCUUUCCAAGAACUCUCGAUGACCGAUUCGGUUCCGCCAUUCCAGCAGAUGAUCGACCAACAACUGGUGGAACAGCCCAUCUUUUCGUUCCAUUUGAAAAGUGGUUCCCGCGACGGUGGUUCCUUGAUUCUCGGUGGAUCGAACUCGAGUCUGUAUUAUGGUCCUUUGACCUACACAAAUGUCACAGAGGCCAAGUACUGGACCUUUAAAAUGGACUUUAUCGAGGUGCAUGGGAAGAGUUCCAGGCGUUGCGAAUCGGGAUGCAAGGCCAUCAUGGAUACGGGAACCUCCCUAAUAGUUGGUCCCGUCAUGGAUGUCCUCUAUCUGAACAAGGCCAUCGGGGCCGAGCAUAAUUCCACCUUUGAUCUAUACUUGGUGGACUGUUCUAGCAUUUCCCAACUACCCAUCAUUGUAUUUGGCAUUGCUGGCAAAGAAUUCUAUGUGAAGCCACAGACCUAUGUGAUUGUCUAUCAGGACUUUUGCUUCUCCGGCUUCAUGGACAUGCGAGGUCUGACCCACUGGAUCAUCGGCGAUGUCUUCUUAAGGGAGAACUACGUGGAGUUCGAUUGGGCUAGGAAGAGAAUGGGCAUAGCUCCAGCUGUUUAG